AUGCCGCCAGAGCUUCGCACGGCCAUGCAGGCUGCUCAGCUGCAGGCCCUGCGCCUGCAGCAGGCCGAAGCCAAGAAGAAGAGGGAUCAGGAGCUCAAGGAGCUGCGUGAGCAUGUGCAUGAUGAGGUUGUGAAUGCUGCAGCGGGUUAUGACAAUGAAGAUGACAGCGCUGAGGUCUAUGCGACAUACAGACCGACAAAGCUCAAGGAGGGCCAUGCGCAUCCUGACAUCAUUGUGGAGAGUGCCCUUCUGGCCUGUGUCUCUCCACCUGACAUCACAUACAAGCAUCACCUCCAGGACAUUGUGGAGGAAGGCCUGAUCUCAGAUGCACAGCUUGAGGCGGUCGUCUACGCCAACAUGCGCUUCCAGAACACCCUCAGCGGACCGAAAAAGGAGCGGGCGGGGUUCUUUCUGGGGGACGGCGCGGGCGUGGGCAAGGGGCGCACCAUUGCGGCAACCAUGAAGGAGCACUUUGUGGCUGGGCAGGGCUCGCGCGCUCUGUGGGUCUCUGUUUCUAAGGAUCUGUGCUUCGACGCGCAGCGCGACCUGGAUGAUGUCAAAUGCGAUGUCAGAGUGUUCCCUCAGGGAAACACACCGCUGCCCAAGGGCAGCCUGGCAAAGCACUACAGCGAGGGCGUCCUGUUCGUCACCUACAGCCUGCUGGUGUCCAACACCAAGCAGAUGGCAGAGCCCAAGCUGCCGGGCACCGGGGAGGCGGCAGCUGCAGAGCCGCAGGACUGGCGCAUUCCCAAGGGCACCCGCCUGCAGCAGAUUGUGGACUGGCUCGAUGGCGGCGAGGGAGAUCCCCUCAUUGUAUUCGACGAGUGCCACAAGGCGAAGAACCUGAUUGCAGUCAAAGGGGAUCCCACGCAGACAGGCAAGGCAGUGCUGGCACUGCAGCAGGUGCUGCCGCGUGCAAAGGUCCUCUAUAGCAGUGCCACAGGUGCCUCUGAGCCCCACAACCUGGCCUACAUGGUCCGCUUGGGCACCUUCGGCUUCCCAGACAUGAUGGGAAUGAUCGAGAGUCUCAACAAGUCUGGACUGGGAGCUCUGGAACUCUUUUCCAUGGGGUUGAAGGCGACCGGAACAUACAUCUCCCGCUCGCUGUCCUACGCUGGUGCAGAGUUCUCCAUUGUCCGUGUGGAUGUCGACCCUGUCUUCAAGGUGAUGUAUGACCGGGCAUGCAUGUUCUGGCAUUUCCUGUACAACAUAUUCCUGGAGUACCGCCUGAUGAGCGGCCGGCAGUGGAUGAACUUCUACGCCACCGAGAUGCGCUUCUUCCGCCAGAUGCUCAUGGCUGCCAAGGUGCACAAGACGGCCCAGGUGGCACAGGAGGCGAUCCGCGACGGCAUGUCAGUAGUCAUUGGGCUGCAGUCAACAGGGGAGGCAAACACAAAUGCCACGCGGGAGGAGAGCGGAGACGUGCUGGACGACUUUGUCAGCGCGCCCAAGGUCAUCAUGCAGCAGUUCCUGGAGAAGGCUUUCCCUGUCUACUCCGAGUCCUCCUCCGGCGCUGAUCUGAGGAAGCUGCAGUACCAGGUGUACGAAAUGGUGAAGCUGGUGAAGGAGUACCGGCCUGCUGCGGAGGAGGCAGUGCACAACUUGAAAAUGGCCGCCAAGACGGCAAUUAUGGCCCAGCAGGCAGCGCCAGGCCCCAGCGCCCCUCAGGCGGCACCACAGCCAAGGGCUGCCAGAGCAGCCUCGUCAGCACAGCCUAGCAGGAACGCCGCGCCAGACGAGGCAAGCGAUGACGACGACGUAGUUGUCGCCGCUGAGCUGGACAUCGACGCUGUGCUGGCGCGCCGCCGCGCAGCCGCGAUCGCCAAUGGGGACAUGGUUGACCUGGCGGCUGACGUGGACGAGGGAGCCAUGGCGGCGGCGGCUGCGGCGAUGGCCGCGGAUAUCGAGUCGGCCGAGCGGGAGAGGCUCGAACGCUUCAAGGAGGCCAAGCUGCAGCGCUUCCGCGAGCGCAUUGCCGAGGCGAAAGAGGAGGUAACAGAAGCCAAGGAAGCCUUGGAGAAGGUGCGCCAGAAGCUGGCGGCAGCCGCCGACGGCGCGCCGGCCGCCGCCGAGCCCCGGGCCGGCGGCCAAAAGCCGCUGCGCAAGCGGCCGGCCGAGGCCGCCUCCAAGGCUGCCAGCGAGGAUUCAGAUGACCUCCAAGACUCCUUCGCAAAGGGCAGCUCUGCCAAGCGACGCAAGUCCCAGGUCAUCCUUGAAGAUGAUGACGAUGAGGAGGAGAGCCUGCACACAGAGGAGCGGUCCAAGGACGCAGAAGAGUCUGAGGAGGCUGCAGCAGAGAUGGAGGCGGAGCCGGAGGACUCCUUCAAGACGGCCAGGAGCGGCAAGAGCUUGGAGGAGGAGCUGGCAGAGCUGGAUGAAGUUGGCUGCGAGGAGUGCGGCAAGAAUGACCGUGGGGAGGAAAUGCUGCUGUGCGACGGCUGCGACCACGGCUACCACACAGACUGCUUGGACCCCCCGCUGAAGGAAAUCCCAGAGGGGGACUGGUUCUGCCCCUCAUGCGCCGCCUCACAGAAGCCGGCAGCAGCCGCUAAGGCGGGGGCAGCCUCCAAGCAGCAGCAGGAAAUCGAGGACAGUGAAGAGGAUAAUGCGCCAGUUGAGUCCCAGAGUAGGAGGGGACGCCGUCGGACGCUGGUGACCCUGGACAGCAGCAGUGACGAAGAUGACUUUGCUGACGCCGCUGUGACUGUGCGAGCACCCACCAUCCAGAUCAAGGCUGAACCUGGCAGUGGCAAACCUGCCAAGCGCGGCGGGGCGGGCAGCUCCGGGGAAGCUGGCCAUGCAGCUUUCACAGUGCGAAGGAACGCCCCCCGAGGCGGGCGCCCCGCGGCAGCCACCACUGACAGUGACGCGGAACAGAGCGGCAGCAACGCCAGCCGCAGCGGCAGCCGCCAGCGCACCGGCCGCGCCCCGUCCCCGGCCCCGGCGCAGCGCACCUCGCGGCUGGGCCGAUCGGCCGCCGCGCUGCUGACCGACGAUGACAGCGACUUUGAGGAAGCCCCUGUGCUGCGCAGCCGCAGGGGCGGCGAGCGCUGCCCUGCAGGUGGCGGCCUGAAGUUGGGAGAGCUGGCGGCCAAGCGGCGGCUGGAGCUGGCGGAGCAGGAGCUUGCAGAGGCCGCAGCCGCCCUGGCCCGAGCGCAGGAGGACCCUGCCGAGCGCCGUCGCAAGGGCGCUGCCUCUCCCCAGGGAGCCGCCAGCCGCACGCGCGCAGGCCGGGCGGGUCAGAAGAGCUCAGGCUCUGUCAUGGUGAUCGAUUCGGACUCGGCGUCAGAGGAUUCUGACUUCUCCGCCGACGAGGACAGCUCGGACGACGGCGAUGACUCAGACGACAGCGAUGUGGUGCUGUGCGCGGAGUACCGCCCCCACGUGCAGGCCCGCGAGCUCGGGGAGAAAUGGGAGGAGGAGGCCAAGGAGUCCAAGGCCGCGCAGGGCGUCGGCCACAAGGAGCUGAAGCUGAUCCUUGCUACACUGCUGCGCCUGUGGGAUGCCUUUGAGCUGCCCGCCAAUCCGCUAGACCAGCUCACUGAGCUCCUGGGCGGCACAGACAAGGUGGCGGAGAUGACUGGGCGCAAGGGGUUGCUGGUGCGCGCUGGGGACGGCAAGGUCGAGUACCAGGCACGCCGCGCUGAGGAAUCCCAGAAGAACGUGAACAUGGCGGAGAAGAACUCGUUCAUGCAGGGCGAGAAGCUCAUCGCAAUCAUCUCAGAAGCCGCCUCCACCGGCAUCUCGCUGCAGGCAGACAAGCGUGUGGCCAAUCAGCGGCGACGGUGCCACCUGACACUGGAGCUGCCCUGGUCAGCGGACAAGGCCAUCCAGCAGUUUGGCCGCUCCCAUCGCUCUAAUCAGGCGUCCGCGCCCAUCUACCGGAUCAUCGUGACGCAGUGCGGCGGCGAGUACCGCUUUGCAGCCUCGGCCGCCAAACGCCUGCAGUCUCUGGGCGCGCUCCUGCGCGGCGACCGCAGGGCGCUGGGGGCGGGGCAAGACCUGAAGAGCUUUGACGUGGACAAUCGGUGGGGCCUGGAAGCGCUCAAGCGCAUCAUGGACGACUGCACUGGCCAGACCGCGCCCAUUGCCGGCGUGGAGGUGCCUCGGCUGCUGCCAGAGAUGCGCGUGGACCCGACUGCAGAGCAGACAGAGGAGGAGUUCUUCGCGUACAUGCGCGCCGCCAUCAAGCCCGUGGGCAUGCUGCAGGAAGUGUCCUCAAGGCACGCAGCGUACGGGUUGGUGCCCAGCCCGAGCGUGGUGAAAUCGGUGCCGACAUUCCUGAACCGCGUGCUGGCCAUGGGCAUGGACGACCAGGAGCUCAUCUUCCGCUACUUCUCCAACACAAUGGACGCCCUCAUCGCGAGCGCCAAAUCCACCGGCCGCUACGAGCACGGGCCCAUCAACCUGCAGGCCUCCGGCGUCGAAGUCGCCCGCCGCCAGAUCGUGCAUUGCGAGCCAGGGACCGGCGCUACAACGUACCACGCGGUGCUGAACGUGAACCGGGGCCUGUCGUGGGAUGACGCCGUGGCCUAUCGCGAUGCCGCCCUUGCACAGGCGGUUGAUGCUGGCGAGGAACUGGACCGCAACGUCGGCUUCUACACCGACCGCUUCGUCAAGGACCACGGCAAGACCGGGCACAAGUUUGUGAUCCUGGGGACGCGCGCGCGGCAGGACAUGAUGGUGAAGCGGUACCGGGUGCAGCGCCCCAACACCAUCCACCAGCCCCUCUGGACCGCCCACCAGCUCACCCAGGACAACUACGUCCGGGUGUCAGACAAGGAGGCGGAGAAGCACUGGCGGUUCUGGUAUGACUACAGCGAGAAGCACUGCACGCACGGCAACACCUGCGCCAAACGCAAGCGCAACGAGGAAUGCACCUACGGCAUGCGCAUCCAGAAGACCGAACUCAUCACCGGCGCUGUGCUGCCCAUCUGGAAGGUGCUGUUUGAUGUCAUUUCCAGCAGCCACCACGGCCGCAGCGCGCACGGGGACAAGCCCAAGCCGCGCAUUGUGCGCACCCAGCUCACCAGCAGCGGGGAGCCGAUCGUCGGCCUGUCAAUACACAGAGAUGAUGCGGAGCGCCUCUGCCACCGGAGCAGAUCCAAGGUCACUGCAGAGGUCCCCAACGUUUCCGUGGAAGAUGUGAAAGCUAUCAUGGGCGAGGCACUGGGCCAGAAGGCCAAGAACACUCCCAAACAGCUGCAGGCUGUGGCAGACUACACAGACAUCUCUGAGGUCCUCGGAGCACCACGCAAGAGCCUGCGCUAUGGAUCCUCACUCUCUCUGGACGAGGGCAUCAAGUUCACCUACGACAAGGGUGCCAGGAUCCUGAAGGAGGUGAACUCACCAUACGUGACGGCCACUUUCUUCGCGCCGACCAACGACGCCUUUGCAGCCCUUCUGCAUGCACUGGGCUCCACCCCUCAGCAGCUACUGGCAGAUCCCUCCAUAGUGCCAAUACUGCUGUACCACAUGAUCCCUGGAGAGUACUCGUUGAUUGCGGACUUGCAUGACGGACAGUCGCUGGUGACUUCCGUCAACACAAAUCUGACAGUGGGGUCGGCUGCGGCGCCUGCGAUGGCGGCCCCGGCGCCCAAUAUGACGGUGGUGACAAUCCGCAGCGCGCAGAGCGUGGCAGACAUUGUCAAGUACAACAUGACCGCAUGCAUGGCUGUGGUGCACGAGGUGGAUCAGGUGUUUGUGCCAGACUUCCAGAGCGUCCAGACAGUGGGCAACCGAGUGAUUUACGGGCUCGGAGACGGCAGCGGCGCGCAGAAUGUAGUGGCCAAUUUCACACUCAUCUUGCCUGGGGGAGACAUGAACACAUCCGACAUCAGUGACCCGGUGUAUCAGGUCACUGAUGCAGGCCUCAUGUUCUCUGUCACGCCUGCACCUGUUUGA